CCUGGGAAGCUUCGGCAGUUUCAGGCACGCCCCGCGCCUGGGAUAGUGAGUGUGCUGUUACAAGUGCGUGGUCUCAUUGUUGCUAGAGUUAUACUGUGCGAUUAAUUUGUAAGGUUUCCUGCAAUUGUUGGGGAACGUGUAGAGGAAAGAACUUGGCAGGAAAUAAAGAGCAUGGUCCCGGACUGGUGGACUGUGUGCGCUUCGGCGGUGGCGGGCCUGCUGGUGCUCGCCGCCUUCCGCUGGUGCCGCUACCACACGCACUUCGCGCGUCGCGGCCUGCCCUACGCACCGCCGCUUCCCUUCGUCGGAAACAUGCUGGACACGCUGAUCGGCAGGUGGUCCCUGACUGAUCACGUGAUCGUACUGUACAACAAGUUCCAGAAACAUCGAUAUGCGGGAGUCUACUUCUUCGGAAACCCCCUCGUCAUGGUGAGGGAUCCGGAGAUCGUUCGCACCAUCACCAUCAAGGAUUUUGAUCACUUUACCGACCACCUUGACAUGGCGAAUGUCGACAAGGAAGAUAUUCUGCUGCAAAAGAUGUUAAUCAACUUGAAAGGAAAGGAAUGGCACGACAUGCGGACCACGUUGAGCCCGGCAUUCACCACUACGAAGAUAAAGAAUAUGUUCGUGCUGAUGACAGAGACUGGGCAGCAAAUGAUCAGUUAUCUUUCUGAGAAGACAGCUGAACACAAAGGUUCCAGCGGGAACGACGUCCUGACACUGGAGAUGAAGGAAUUUUUCACUCGUGUUACCAACGACGUAAUAGCCACCACAGCUUUUGGUGUCAGGGUGGACUCGCUGUCAGAACCCAACAACACUUUCUACAGUAUGGGCCGUGCUAUGAGCAACGUGAAAGCGCUUGUUGCUUUUGGUUACUUUGUCUCUCCGAAGCUCAUGAAGCUGUUGAACAUUCCGUUGUUCGACCGAAGGGCGGAGCAGUACUUCAGGUCGGUAGUUGCAGAUACUAUCAAGACGCGAGAUAAAGAGAGAAUCGUCCGUCCAGAUGUUAUCCAACUGCUGAUGCAGGCUAUCAGGGGUGAACUGAAGCCAGAAGAGGACGAACAGAACGGCACCAGUGGAGGCCGGCGCAUGAGACUCACCGACGAAGACGUGGCGGCGCAGGCGAUGCUCUUCUUCUUCGCUGGCUUCGAAACCGUGGCGACCGUGCUGACGUUCUGCAGCUACCUGCUGGCGACGAACGGCGGCGUGCAGCGGCGGCUGCAGCAGGAGGUGGACCAGCUGAUGGGGAAGAGCGGCGGCCAGCCCGGCUACGAGCAGGUCGUGGCCAGCCAGUACCUCGACAUGGUCGUCUCUGAGACGCUGCGCAUGUACACCCCUGGCGCCGCCUCAGACCGCAAGUGCGUCAAGCCGUACCGCCUGCCCCCCACCGACAGCUGUCCGGACGGCCUCCAGCUGGAGCCUGGAGACGGCAUCUGGAUCCCCGCGCACGCCUUCCACCACGACGCGCAGUACUUCCCUGACCCCGAGCGCUUCGACCCGGAGCGCUUCAGCCCGGAGAACAAGCAUCUCGUCAAGCCCUUCACCUACAUCCCGUUCGGCGUGGGACCUCGUAUUUGCAUCGCCCAGAGGUUCGCACUGCUGGAGUUGAAGGUGAUGCUGGUCUACCUGCUGUCGAAGUUUACCCUCCGCGUGGUCGAGAAGACGCCGGUACCUCUGCAGAUCAAGCCGAACAGCUUCAUGCUGUCCAUCAAAGGUGGCGCCUGGCUGGGAAUCAGUCCCAGAUCGUGAAGCAUUAAAAAGUGACUGGAAGAGUCAAAGCUACCUGAUGUAUAAUCUGUGAUUUGCACUUAAGCAUAACUUAAUUCACCUCUAGGUUGCUACUGAAUUACCAACACCUACCGACGUCAGUGUAGCGUCUGACUUUCCGAUGUCAGUGUCUCUUGAUGGCAUGGACUCAGCAAAAUGCGAAAGCUUGCAGCAGAGAACGUAUAUCGCGCCGUUUCUGUUAUUGGUCUCUCAUAUCACGCUUUUUCUAGUCUGUAGAGUGUGAAACACCAAUUACGUGGUGUCCUACGAUUUAACACGUUCUACUCCUGAGGGGUAGGGAGAUGAGCUUGUUGCAAACAUCGUCCACCAACAGGUCUGUGUAUGAUUUGUGUGUUGCCGCCGGUAUCAGAUGAGCUACGAGUUCCAAUGCUUCCAACACACCACACCCAGUGAAAGUCGAACCAGUUCACAUGAACUCAGCAACUUUUAGCUGCUGAGUAACCGAACUCCACAACUUUUCCAAAACCGGCCAUACUGCUAGUACACGAAUUUCGCAGCCAGCAGCAGAUUUUCGAUUUUCUCUUGGCCACUCUCCGAACCACUUCAGUGAGACAUGUUGUGGGUAUAUAACAACGUGAAGCUAAGAAAUAAUAUUGCAUUAUCAUUACAAAAUUCAGAAGAAAACACUUUAUUGUCAGGAAUAUCCUAAACAGCAGAAGGAAGUUGAAAAAGCUUUCAAAGGAAAUAACUUGUACAAAGUGUUUCACUAUUAUAGGUGCAAACGACAGGGGUGAGUAGAGGACUAUUUUCCCGGUACAACAUAUACGACCGAGUACAUGAAUACCUCACAACUGAGUCCUUCAGGAUCCAAGCAGCAGAUACAUGCACGAGGGCAAACACAUUGCAGUUGUUUGACAUGGACACCGUUCAAGUGAAAACAAGCUUGAGCACAUCUCCUCAUCGAUGCCCAUACACGUUAAAACAUGCCAGACAUGUCCAGAAUACUUUGACAACCAUCCCCUAGCUCAUCGACACUAACAGCAGGUCUAAAAUACACCAAAUCUUUUAAGUAUAACUGCACAAAAAAUGUAGAGGUAGCCUUAGAUGUUAACAGUGUCGUAACAUUGACAUGACUGCACUUGUACAACAUCGUAGCGGGAAAAGAAUUGGUAUCUGGACCUGUCUUUACUAGGAUUAUUUGCUUGUUUCAUUCUUCUCCAUGCGCCCCUUCGGCUUGUACCUACAACAGUGGAACACCCUGUAUAAGAACGAGCUUCAGGUAUAAUAACGAGUGUAUAUUCGGAAGGUACGUUUAAGCUAAGGAUAGCAUUUAAAUUAUGUAAGAGCCAUAUUUCAGUUUGCGCAGUCUGGCCAUUUCGUCACUGCAGAGUUCUGUUCUGAAUGAAUACUUGUCUUUCUUUAAUAAGGCACGGGACCGGAGCCGACAAAAUUUAGCGUACUGUACGAGUCUCUUUAUACCCUUCUCAAAUUACUGACAAAAAUCUGUGUGUUAGAGUGAAACGAUUCAAGCAAAGAGUUAAAACGAGAAUGAAAACUCUCUCUGUCAUCUGUACUUCUCAAAAGUGCAGAAGACUCGUCUGCCCAAACGCAUAAACGCGCUCUUCUACCUGAAGAACAAGGUAUGCGAUUCGGGUAUGGGGUUAAUGGAUCCUCCUUCGACCUUUUAUGUAUUGCGGAAUUCCUGUGCGCCCAAUACAGUUAGAACUCCAGCGACACACAAUUGGUUUCCGACGCUCUGUUUACUGCUGUCGACAUGUGGCAACUGUGACGCGUGGUUAACGUAGCUACUAUUGGGGAACGGUGGCAUACGUAGUUCGUGGAGAGGAGAUGAGGAUGCGUAGUGUAGUUUCAUAUACGUUGUUGCCGUGGAACAAAGAAUCGGCGGCUGUUGUGCGACGGAGCAACUUCUCUGCUUGCUGUUAACGACUUUAUGUGGCCCACGACGACUUCUGACAAUUACGCCUUACAAUAACAGAUGAGACUGAGGUGGUAGAUGUAUAUGAGUCCAAGUGUUCGCGGCAGACUUUUGAUAUGACGGCACAUGAAAUGCGAUUGCUUGAACGAUAUUAGGAACAGAGAGUACGUGCCCGUGGCUAUCAGAGGUAGAAGUAACACAGCUUACUAUCGUACAACGUAUUAAAGUAGAUUUGUAAAGAGUAUUGACUUUUUCAAAAUGCACACUCCCCCAUGGCAUUAUCUUGUGCCGCCUCUUUUAGGGAAAUGACAACGUUGCAGUGAUCCAACACACAGUGCUACUUCCUACUGCCCUCCCAGCGUUUAAAGCUGGAAAUAGGGAGAACCAUAAGUAACAAGCUUCAGUAUCCCGCCCAACACUCGAGCAUUUGAUUUGUUGUUGCAAAACGAGUAAGAGUGUAGUUUAAGUUAACGCUGCUCUAAGGACAGAUUGACUUAAAAGCAUUAUUUGUUGUAAUAAAUUAUUUUUCUAACAAUGUCUCAAAGACAGCUGAUUUAAUGUGUGUGUUACUGCUAUGAUGAAAUGCAAUGUAUUCUAUUAUUUAUCAAUAAAAUACACAUUGUCUUA